UGUCAAGUUUGAAACGUCACCUGUCAUCUUUAUCCAAAUGCAUUUUCACAGGUUAAUUAACAUUAAAGUAUUGUUUUAAUUUAACAACUUAUAACUUUAUAAUAAUGGCUGGUUCGGCACUAAGACGACUUAUGGCAGAAUAUAAACAAUUAACGUUAAACCCCCCAGAAGGAAUCAUAGCGGGACCAAUAAACGAAGAAAACUUUUUCGAAUGGGAAGCAUUAAUAACGGGACCCGAAGGAACUUGUUUUGAAGGUGGAGUUUUUCCUGCAAAGUUAACAUUUCCCCCUGAUUACCCUUUAAGUCCGCCGAAAAUGCAAUUUACUUGUGAGAUGUUUCACCCAAACAUUUACGCGGAUGGAAAAGUUUGCAUUUCUAUUUUACAUGCACCUGGUGAUGAUCCAAUGGGGUAUGAAUCAAGUGCUGAGAGAUGGUCACCUGUUCAAAGUGUAGAAAAGAUAUUGUUAUCUGUUGUUAGUAUGUUAGCAGAGCCAAAUGAUGAAAGUGGUGCGAAUGUUGAUGCUGCAAAAAUGUGGAGGGAAAAUAGAGAUGAAUUUAAUAAAAUUGCAGAAAGAAUUGUGAGAAGAACUUUAGGUAUUCCCACAUAAAUAAAAUAAGAAAUAGUGAAAAAAAUUUUGAUUUUAUUGGGGUUUUAUUACCUUUAUUUUUAUUAUUUCAAAUAAACAGAGUUUGUUGAUAGAUAUUUUAACAUGUCGUCCACAUAAAUCUAUAUAUUAUGUAAGCACAACUAUUUUUUUUUCUUUGUAAUUAUUUUAGGGGUUUCGAUAUAUAUUUUAUUUGUUACAAAAA